CUCCCCCAUCUCUCUUCUUCUUCUUCUAGUGGUAAACAAACACUGACAGAAAACCCCAACAGAUUUAUUUUUUUUGCUUUCUCCGCCGGAAAUGUGUCUGUGCAGACGGUGAAUCUCAACAUUUCCGAACGGGAAAAUCAUUCUAUUUCUAUACAGAAAAAUGGGUUUACCAAAUGAUGAUGUGGUUUUAAUAGAGAAAGGAAAAAAACCAGGAGAAACAUGUGUCAUUACUAUUAAUUGUCCAGACAAAACUGGUUUGGGUUGUGAUCUUUGUCGAAUUAUACUUGAAUUCGGUCUUUACAUCACCAAAGGAGAUGUAUCGACAGAUGGGAGAUGGUGUUACAUAGUUUUAUGGGUAAUACCUGAUUCUACUAUGACUGAUGAAAGAUGGGCAAGUUUAGAAGAACGACUUCUAUCCGUGUGUCCGUCUUGUUUGGCUUCAUUCUAUUACAUUCAACAAUCGAGUUGUUCUACACCAACACCAGUUUACCUUUUGAAGUUCUGUUGUCUUGACCGCAAGGGGUUGUUACAUGAUGUUACGCAUGUGUUGUUUGACCUCGAGCUCACGAUUCAGAGAGUGAAAGUGAUGACGACUCCUGAUGACAAAGUCAUGGACUUGUUCUUUAUCACGGAUACAUUGGAGCUGUUACACACAAAAAAGAGACGGGAUGAAACAUGUGAAAGGUUGGAUGCUGUUUUAGGAGACUCGUGCAUUAGUUGUGAGCUUCAGUUGGCAGGACCAGAGUACGAAGCUCUUCAAAAUGGGGCAUCUGCUCUUACAGCCGCAGAGUCUGAGGAAUUGUUUAGUUGUGAGUUAUCAGAGAUGGAAACCCACGCUGUAAGUCCAGAUUUGACAAAGCUCAAGCAGGCCACUGUUAAGAUAGACAAUUCCUUGAGCCCAGGUCAUACGUUGUUUCAAAUACGAUGUGUUGAUCAAAAAGGGCUCCUUUAUGACAUAAUGAGAACAUCAAAGGACUGCGAUGUGCAGAUAUCUUAUGGUAGAUAUUCUUCAAGUGUCAAAGGGUAUCGUGAUAUCGACCUAUUCACAGUUCAUAAGGAUGGGGGGAAAAUUAAGGAUCCUGAGAAACAGAAUGCUCUCUGUGCUAGAUUGAAGGUGGAAAUGCUUCACCCGCUGAGAGUUAUAAUUACCAACCGCGGGCCUGAUACGGAACUAUUGGUUGCUAAUCCUGUAGAGACCUCUGGAAAGGGAAGACCUCGUGUUUUCUAUGAUGUCACAAUUGCUUUGAAGUUGCUUGGCAUUUGCAUCUUCUCGGCUGAGAUCUGGAGGCAUUCGACAUCUGACCGUCAGUGGGAGGUAUACAGAUUCCUUUUGGAUGACAGUUGUGAAUUCCCAUUGGCAAGCAGUGGCGCUAAAAAUCAGAUUGUAGACAGGGUGAGAAGAACAUUAAUGGGUUGGUGAAGGUGAAUUUCUAGCUCUAGUUACUUCCUCAUGGUUGGGGUGUGCGUUUCUGCCACCCAAAUGAAUGUUUCCUUGUGUUUAGAAUACAUUUGUUCUCCUAUAGACGAAUGGGAAGUCUAUGUGUGCAUUCACCCGCUACCAUGUCUAAAUGUUGGGUUGCAUUCUUGAAUUUUGGAACUAGUUUUUAUCUUUUGUGUAUUCUCUGAUAAAAGCAUGGUGUAAAAACCUGACAGGAACCUGACUGUCAACACAUAAAUACAAGGUUCCUUACUCUUAUUUCGGACA